AUGUUAUUAAAUGCAAUUGCUAUUAAUUCGUCGAAUCAAAAACAACUUUCUCCUUUGGGUAUUUUACAGAGAUUUGAGGUUCAACAUCCCUCCACUAAUAAAGAUAUAAAUAAUUGUAGCUGUUCAACUUCUCAACAAAUAGAAAUUAUUUCAACAGAAUUAUCAUCAAAAAUUCGUUGCCCUUAUUGUCGUUUAUCUCAAAAAAAUUUAAUUUGUGUCAAUUGUUUAUCUACACAUUUUCUAAGAAUUGGUAAAGUCAAAGAAGAAUUAAGAAGAUUACAACAAUGCAAAAAUGCAAUUUGUGGUUUAAUUAUGGAUGCUUUAAAUUGUGAAGUUAAAUUCGAAUCUGAAUAUCACCAAGUACGUCGAUCUAUUGAAGAUUUAAAAACAAAAAUUGCAUGGAAACGGGAUCAAGUUGGUCGUCUAAGGCAUCGAAUUGCUGGAAUGGAAAGUCAUAGCGAGAGAAAUCAAAGAAAUAUUGUUCUUUUAGAGAAGAAAAUGUUAGCACAUUCUGAACGAAUCAAUAAAACUUCUCUGAAAAUAGCAGAUAUUCGUUUGCUUUCAGAACAUACAAGAGCAAAGUUAAAUGAACGGCUAUCUCUUAUUGCCAAAGUUCUCAUCCAAAUAUUUCGAUUUGAGAAGCGUCAAUUAUCUACUUCAGCAAAUAAUCCAAUCCCUUUAAAUAAUUGCCUUUGUUUGGAUAGAAUAAGUUUGUUGUCUAAAGCUGCUUCAAUCCAACAAAGUGACGAACCUACAAACAAUAAUGUUAAUUCUACACAGAUCUCAUCAUCACAAAAUUCUUCUCAUCCAUUAAUCAUCGAAUCCUUAGCAUCACUCGAAUUUCUUUCUCAAUUUAUUCACGUCCUUGCCCGUUUUCUUGAUUUUCAUUUGCCUUAUAAAUCUUUAAAUAAAGAAUUUUCUUUAUUUGGAUUUGGAAGUGGUGCUAGAAUUAAUUCUUCUUCAACAACUUUGGAACAAUCUCUCAGACAAAUACUUUUUAAAUUGGAUUAUUCUUUGGCACAUUUAUGUUUAAGUAAAGGGUUGCCUUCUGAGGAAUGUGAAUUAACUGAACCUUUUGCUAAUUUGUAUACUUUUUUGGUUAAAAUUGUUGGAAUGAAGUUAACAAUAAAUUGUGCACCUCAAAUGGAUCACCGUUUAUUGCGACAGAUAAUGCAACAAUUUGCCAUUGUAAAACCUGAUGGACGGAUCAACAGCGAAUUUACUCUUGAUAAUGUAUCAUUUUUUAAAAAUUAUUUUUAACUGGGAAGAGUGUCUCUAUUAAUUAAAUCAACUACAACGGCUGCUUUCUUUGGGACCUUUUUAUAUUUUAAUUAUUUUUUUUAUUGAUAAUUAUUGAGUAGGAGGGUGUUUCACGAUAUAUAAGAAAAAAAAAGCUCCCCCGUUUCCCGCACGUUCUAAUCCUCCUGUUGGCUAAACUUUUACUUGAUUGCUAUUUUUCAGAUUUGAGAUAUUUCCCUUUUUUCCAUAUUAGAUUUCUUUUUACUCUUUUGUCUCUUA